UUGCUUGCUAAUGGUCGCCAAUAGGAGCCCAAGACGUGAACAAAGAAGGACGGAGUCUUACUAUUUUAGGGGUGAAUUUGGUCAGUGUGUGUGUAGGUGGUAUCAACACAGAUGGAUGAAGAACGAGAUAAACCAUCGAGGAGGGAGUGGCCCGAUACUAACCAUCCUCCGCUGUUUCACAUGAGUACCAGUACCGGUAGCAGCAGUGACUGUGCAAGCAGCCAACCCAGUGGUUGCACCACGCCUACCACCACACCCACACCGACCACGCCCAAACCCAAGGUGGAAUACAUCUGCCGCUGGGAAUCCUGCGGGGAGGAGGCAGAGACCAGCGCCGACCUGGCCGAUCACGUCCGGUCUGAGCAUGCACAGAAGCAGAUCAAGAAAGGCGGGAAGAAGUUUGUAUGCUUGUGGGACGGCUGCAAGGUCUAUAACACGCCGUCCAUGUCGGCGACCUGGCUCCCUAAGCAUGUGUUGAGCCACUGCGGGGAUAAGCCGUUCCGCUGUGUCUUCGCGGGAUGUAACCAGAGUUAUAGGACAGAGAAAGGCUUGAUGAGACACUGUCAGUCACAUCUCAAUGCUGAGAAGCAGAACUCGCAACAGAAGACUCCAAAGAGCAAAGAUGAGAGUCCAGGAAAAGCCCUCAAGAAGAAAAGGAUGAGGAUCAGAAGAAGGUUGUCCAUGGUGAAGACAGAUGAUUUCUUUGAUACACGCAUGGCCGAGGCAGUACGUCAUCGACUUGUAGAACUCAAUAUGAAAACAAAGAUAGACACAGAAGGCAGUGGAAGUUCUAUCAUCUUUAAAAGCUCUGUUGUUUGUAGAAGAACAGAUGAAAAUGGAGAAUCCAUGGUCCUCCUUCGUUGGUCACCAACUGAUGUUAUCCCAGACUCGUGGGUCAAAGAGUCCGAUCAAAAGGAACACAAGGAGUGCGCCAUCCCGAUGAGCAGCCUGUCUCACGAGUCCCUCCAAAGUAUAGGAUUUGGAAUACUUACACCAAGGAAACGAAGGAAACAUAGAAGAAAAUGAUGAUUAUGAUAAGGAAUCAUGGACUGUUUCCCCAAGUGAGAAUUAGGAUUGAGAGUAGAUUCCACAAUUUCUGGAACUUACAUGUAGACCCUGGCCCAUAUUCUGAAGUCAGGUUUAACUUAGACCAUGGUCUAACUCUGUGCUAAAAUUAUGGUAAGCCAAAUGUGUCAAAAUUCUUAUUAAGAUGUAUGUUUCUUAUAUUUACUGUGCUCUUUCCUGAUUCUUCAACGGUGAAGACAAUCAUCUAUUUAUACUUCCUAGACAAUUAUGAAUGAUUUGAGAGUCAAAUGAGCCAAAAUAUGAUAUCUCUACUGUUAGUGAUUUAUGUAAAUAUUGGCUAUCCAUUCUUAAACCACAACUUUAAACCUGAGUUUAAGUUAAACCCGACUUCAGAAUGCGGGCCCCUGAGUCUCUCUCACCAAUUCCUCUACAGCAUAGGACCUGAAUUAUUUAAUAUACCUUUAUAGUAAAUAGUGGUAGUAAAAUACGAGCUGUGAUCGGCUAGAUUGGUACCCUGUGACCUCCCUUCAAAAAGUAAUAUUGUACAAAUGUACAAUAUAACUUUCGAUAUUUGGAGGGUAAACCCCGUGUUAAAUGAAUGGGGAGAAUAUCGAUUAAUGGCAAUGCGCAUUUAGCCAGUAAGCCCUGCGCGUCUGCAUUUACUAAGCGCAUGCAACCGUGCAAUGUGUUGAAUCUUAAUUUGUAUAGUGACGUCACCUUUUCCCGGCCCGUGCAAGGUACAUUAUGGAGGGUACAUUUUGGAUGGUACGUGUGCAACGGUGCAAAUGUUUGUCAUUGAGCCUCCCAUUUGCUAGCGCACAAUAAGCUAAGACUAAGUAGGCGUUGUACAAUUUACUAUAACAAAUAGUGAACGGUCUGUCAUACAAUAUUACUGGACUAUAUGAACUCCAAAUAUAAAAUUAUCCCUCAUGCAGGUCUAUUUCACCUCGGCUUCGGUGAAAUAAACCUGCACUCGGGAUAAUCCAGUAUAUUGUACAAUAGAUUGUACACUAUUUAUAUAAUAGAGACAACGGAAACGGGGGAGAAAAUGAUGAUUGUGAUAAGGAAUUCAGGGACUGUACCCCCAUGUGAGAAUGAGAAUUGAAAAUGGAUUCCUUGGUUUGCUCUAUGAACCUGCUACAUGUCUUUGAAAGGUUCCCAUAGCAAAGACAGAGCUUCCAAGUCUCCCGGAUCCUGCGGGAGAAUACUGGAUUGCGAUCCAAUCUCCCGUUCUCCCGACCCCAUGCCAAAAUCUCCCGGAUAAUCAGGAUUUUUAGCUGUUAAAUUGUAAAAUUCAUACAAACGACUGUUUAACGAGUCUAGCAUGUUCAACUCCCUAACACCCACGUGGAACCUCCUUAACACAUUUUCAUUUUACCCAGUAACUUCUACCAGUUUUUGUAUAAUCGUACAUUGAUUUCCCAUGUAAAUGAAGAUAAUUUUACUGAGCGACUGGUGAAGUAGUCUAACAAGCCAUUUUAUUUCCGGGUUCUGCAAUGUGUGUGAUGAAAACUCUUCAGCGGUACUCCAUACACAUGGCCCCCGAUGCGCCGGCGCGGCUCCAGCUGGCCGCGCUGCGCCAGGAAGCUCCGAGAAGGAAAGUUCACGAGCACUGCGAGGCAUUUUUUUCGUAAGCUUGCUUGCGCCUUAUUCAAGCUGAAACUGUGGAUCAACGAUGGGAUUAACAAGUGCAUUACUUUUACACCUCGACUUUCAGUUUCAGGAAUAAUUUUAUUGACAAUCCUGAAGAAUUAGAAGCAAAGUGGAGAUUUUUUCGCCUACUUUCACUUGGGUUGAUCGGAUUCGAACAUUUUCUCUUUUCGUGAGUGAGCUAGCCUGGCGCUGGCUGGCUGAGCUGUGCGAAGCACGCCCCGUCCCGAUUCAUCCACACUACAAUCGCAUCGCCAGUGACCAUGGAGAUCAUGGAGAUGGAGUCAUCCAAGACCAAGACGACAAAAUACUUGUCGAAGUAUAAAGAUACUUUUCAAGCAGAAUGGGACUGUGUGACAAUUUUCACAGGAAUCCCUCAGAGACUAAAUUAAACAGUCCACAUAUAAUUUAUAAAGCUCAUUUACCAUGACAUGUUUACCACUACUGCAGCCCCGUCCCCCUCUGGCCAAUUAAAGGUAUUUUCAUGUUGAAUGCAUUCUUUUAUGAAUUAUCAAAAAAAUCUACUGUAUUGCCUGAAGUGUAUAUUUAGUCAAUGACAAUUCAUGAAUUCUCUCUAAUGUGCAUUUAAUCUAUCGGAAUUUUUUUUUAUGGUUUAGACAGCUGUCGGUUACUAUCAAAUGUUGUUUCUUAAUGUGUUUUGCUACCCAAAACUCCCAUCCGUGGGACAACGUUCCGCCGCUCUCUCACAAAAUCAUACCUCCGCGAAAUCUACUGGAUUCUAUCAUACCAAUGUUGGCAGCUCUGCAAAGAAUUAAUCAAUGCAGAGGUUUCAUGGUACACCAUGAAUUAUAUCUUUGGACCUGAAAAGAACCACAGAUACUCAAAGUUUUGUCAAAUAUGUUCUUGCCGUUUUCUGGAACGUACAUCUAGCCCAUGAAUCAUUCCUAAGGCUUUAAUACUAAAGGUAUGAUCAACUUCCAGGAGACAAGGUCUUAAAGCACAUCUCAAGCUACUACUUUGAUGGAUGUGAUCAAUCUCAUAUAACAUCUUUGUUUUAUGUGCAAAUCUGGUUUCAUCUCAUAUUUGUUGGUGUUACCUCCUUUUAGAAAAAAACAGUACCAUUGACUUACAGGCAUUUGCAAUUUUUAUAUUCAUUUUACUUGCAAUUUUCUUUUGUACUGAUAUGAUUUUAUUUCAUGAAAGGCCAAAUACUUAAUUUGAACUGUAGCAAAUGGCAUGUUUGUAUGAUAUUUUAGGAUUAUGUUGUAUAACGGAAAUAUAUUCACUUUUGCAUCCUGGAUAUAUGUCAUUCUUCAUUGUCUUUGCUUAAAAUUCUAUGCAAAUAAAAUUUAUUUCCGAACCACAGUUAAUUGAUCAACGAAUUGGAGGGGGAAUAGCAUUUUGCAACCUCUCACUUUCAAAUUCGAAAUAUCUCCCACAAUGGAGGCCACCAUACCAUGGACUAUUUAUUCUCUGUGAGGGCGCUAUGCAAUUUCAGACAUGAUGCAAUGAUUGGUUCCCUUGUUCUUGGUUGUCACACACUGGUAGUUAAGUUCAGCGUUGAAUUUACAGAGAUCAAUGAACCCCAUGAUGUGACUCAAGCAAUGAGGGAGAACGAGUCAAACAGUUUUUUAUUUUUUCUGGGCUGCUAUUCAUAAUCUACCACCAAAAUCUUUUACAUUGCAGUGAGAGGCGAUUUCCCAAGGCUCUUUUUAUAAUUUGGGGGGCACAAUCGCCCUGAGCCAAUGUAUAAUAUUUUUCCCUGGAGUUAACACAUCCUUGACUGGUUUUCAUUCCACUGAAGGCUAUCGUGAAAUCUUAUGGAUGCUAUCAAGGUUAUUGUUUAUAGAUUUGCAAUUAAUUACAAUGCCUCAUUAACCCUAUACAGUGUGUAUCAAAAAAAAGUUUACACUUAUAAAUUAUCCUAUAAAAUGAUAUAUUUGUAAUAUCCUGAAGCUUAUUCCACAUUGAUACAUUGGUACAGGUCUCUUUAAUCGAAUGACGAUAUAACUGUUGAAAGUUCUUUCCACUUGUGUGAGCACCACUUACUUUUGAAAAGUUCGUGAAAAAUGAUUUGCGCAGAAAUUGGAAAUAGUUAUUAUAUAUGGAUAAAAGUAAGCGUUAAUCAUGAAGAGCACAUUGACUUAAGCUAAGAAGAAUAAUAUGAAGAUAUAUUUUACCAUUUUAACUUGUACAUGUAUGCCAAUGUGCCCCCCCCCCCCAUCCCCACACACCAAGGCCAUCAUGAUGAUAUCUGAUUUACAUAGAACAGUGAUUCACAAGAAAUGGCUUAGACUUGGAUUUUCUUUCUGUUAAUCAUCAUCUUGAUUGGGAAAAGUGGGAGAAACAAGUAUUAAAAUAAAGUAUAAAAUUAUAUACAUUGUAAACCCACUUUAAAUGAUAAGAAAAUUGCUGGAGAUGUCUGAAAUAAACUUUUGUUUACAUUCAGUUAUGUCCUCGGAUUCAGCUGGCACAAAAAGGUAAUGGAUGUGCUUACCUGGGGUUGAAAUGAUAAUUUGGUAGGCAAAGUGUUACAGAAUGUUCAAAUGUAUCUGUUUUAUUUCAAUAAGCCUAAUUUCAAUUGGCGGAAAAUGCAAAAGAAAAAUAUGAGAAACAAACCGCACAGUCAGUUUGUUUAGCCAUUUAUCAUUGAAAGUGUGGAAAAAGAGCAUUUCUGCGCAAAUCAUUUUAUGUUAGCUUUACCAAAAUGGACAAUGCUCACUCAAGUGUUACAUUGUGUUAAAAUUUUUACUUUCAUUUAAUAGAUUAGGCCCAAACCCAAGAAUAUAUGUGAAUAAAGUUAUCCUAAUGUUGUAUCUUUUUUCAAUUUCCAGGACUCUUUAAAAGUGUAAACUUUUUAUUGAUACGCACUGUAUAGCCUGGGCUAUUGUUAAAUUGCAUAGCUCGGGGGGGGGGGGGGUCUUUGUGGACCUGCUUGGUAUGUGUUUGAUACGUUCACAUUAAAAUCAUGAUUCUCAAUUUCAUUAGCAUUCAGAUAUUAUUCAUCCAUCUCUGUUCCCAGAUUAUGUCAUAUUCCUUCUUUUGUGGACUUUUUGUUUGAAACAGAGUACAUGAAUGAUAUGAUCAACAUAUUUCCCCUCCUAUUUUAUGAAUUUAGAUUUCAGUCCUUAUAUGCCAAUUUUUCUAAAUUUUCACUUAAUGCAGAGAAUUUGACCCUGAAAGUUUUGUAUAUAAAUGUUAUAUAUUUUCAAUGCAAAUAUGAUGUGUUAUGUCUCUUUUCUUAUAAAUGCAUGUGUUUGUUGGGUUUUCUUUUACCAAGAGAUGAAUUUUAUGGAAAAAAUGACCUCAAAUCUUCUUUGAAACAGGGAAAUACAAACUAUUUAGGACAUAGUAGAAAUACUUUGAUUCAAAACGAAUAUUGUAAUAAGACGAUUAUUUGCUGUUCCAUCAGAUGCCCUAUUUUAAAAAGUGAUCUUGACUCAGGAUUUUAUAUCAGAUUCCAGGGAUGAUACGAUGCUACAUAAUUAUGUUAACAAAAUGAGAGGUGCAGAAUUAUCUUUUUUUGGGGGGGGGUUAACAAUAGUAUGCUUUCAUUAAAUGACUCAGUACAUAACUAUAAUACAAGAAAUGAAAAUAAAUAUCAUUUAUGGGCAGUCGAAAAAUCCUAUUUGCUAUUUUCACUUAGUCAUAAAGCACCAACAGUUUGGAACUGUUGGUGCUGCCAAGUAAUAUAACGUCUAUAAUGAAUUACAAUGUAUUUAAAAGAAGGAUCAAGGGGGAUUUAAUCAAUCUUCAAUUGGUGUAGAAUUAUUUUCCACCUUUUUCUUUUUUAGUGUAGGGUUUGUUUGGUUUUGUUUUUGUUUGUUCCCCUUUAUUGUUUGAUUUUGAUUUUUUUUUCUUUGGUUUUUCUUUAGUGUUUAAUUGUGGGCAAAUAAGUUUCUUAUAUCUUACUAUGUCAAUUAUAUUUUGUCUUAAUUCCUUUAGGGGAGGUUAUCUAGACAAACUCUAUUUUGGGGAUUUAAUAAUUUCCUUAUUUCCUCUGUUGUUAGAAAUGUUAACUUAUUGUAUACAUAUAUAUUUUAUGUGGAAGACUUGUAAUACUUGUACAUGAAUAUGGCUUACAUUUGCUCAAUGAUGUAUUUUUAUGAAUUUUUAUAUUGUGAUUUUUAAUUGGAAAUAAAUUAAUUGAACUGAAAUGAAAA